AUGGGCUUCAAGACGGAGACCCGCCAGCUACUGGACAUCGUCGCAUGCAGUCUGUACAGCGACAAGGAGGUGUUCAUCCGCGAGCUGGUGUCCAACGCCAGCGACGCACUGGAAAAGCGCCACCUGCUUGAGCUCAGCAACCCCGAGUACGCCCGCGAGCCGGACGACGAGGCCCCACUGAUUGCCCUCUCCUGCAACCAGAGCAAGAGUCGCUUCAUCAUCCGUGAUACCGGUAUUGGCAUGACCCGGGAGGAACUGACAGAAAACCUGGGCACAAUCGCUGGCUCCGGCUCGAAGGCGUUCGUGCGCGAGCUUCAGAGCAGCGGUCAGUCGGCAGCCGAGAAGAUCAUUGGCCAAUUUGGCGUCGGCUUCUACGCAUGUUUUAUGGUGGCCAAGAGCGUCAAGGUUUACAGCCGCAGCGCCAAGAAAGGCUCGAAGGGCUAUGUGUGGGAGUCAGAGGGAACCGGCACCUUCAAGGUGACAGAGUGCGAGGGCGUCGAGAAGGGAACCAAGAUUGUGCUGGAUGUGAAGGACACGGAGCUGUCUUUCUGCACGCCACAGGUGGUGGAGCGGGUGCUGAAGAAGUACAGCAACUUUGUGUCCUACGAGAUCACUCUCAAUGGCGGUAAGGUAAACACCGUCGAGGCGCUUUGGAUGAAGGACAAGAACGACGUCACCAACGAAGAGCACAUUGACUUCUACAAGUUUAUCUCAGGCUCCUACGACAGCCCCAUGUUCCGCCUUCACUACUCCAUCGAUGCUCCGAUGAGCGUGCGGGCGCUACUGUACGUGCCGCAGUCGCACACGGAGAAGUACGGCGGUGGUCGUAUGGAGGCGGGUGUGAAUCUCUAUUCUCGCCGCGUGCUGAUUCAGUCCAAAGCGAAGGGACUGCUGCCAGACUGGCUGCGCUUCAUCAAGGGUGCCGUGGACAGCGAGUCUAUCCCGCUGAACGUGUCGCGCGAGCACACGCAGGACGGCAGCAUGAUGCGUCGGCUGAGCACGAUCCUGACCAAGCGGAUUAUUCGCUGGUUUGAGGAAGAGAGCAAGCGGGACCGCAGCAAGUACGAGCGCUUCAUUCAGGAGUACGGCCCUUUCCUGAAGGAGGGCGUGUGCACGGACCAGGUGCACAAGAUGGAGCUCGCAAAGCUGCUGCGCUUCCAGACAACCAAGUCCGACAUCGACUACCCUUACAUCUCUCUGGAUAACUACCGCGACCGUAUGCAGCCGAACCAGACACACAUCUACUACCUGAACUUGCCAAGCAAGGAGAUGGCGCUGCAGUCACCCUAUUACGAGCAGUACAAGGAGCACGAACUUGAGGUGCUUAUCUGCACCGAGCCGAUUGACGACUUUGUCAUGCAGCACCUCGACACCUACGCGAAACACAAGCUGCAGAACAUCGAGAUGUUUGACGCCAACCUUGACGGCUACGUGCAACACAAGAAGAAGCUGGAGGGAGAGAAGAACGAUGACGUGGCCGUGAAGAAGCAGCUGAAUGACGUCCAGGUCAAGGCGCUUUCUGACUUCAUCGCCAAGCGACUCGUCGGUCGUGUCGGCGUUGUCAAGUCGACGGACCGCCUACGCGACAGCCCUGCCGUGCUGGCGGACCACGAGGCGGCCCAGAUGCGCAAGAUCUACCGUAUGACGGGCCAGGCCGCUGGCCCACCGCCAAAGUACAACCUCCAGUUUAACCCCCAGCACCCUCUCAUUCGAAAGCUCUACACACUAUCGCAGUCGGAGGCGACCGAGGAAGUGGAGACGGCUGGACUGUUAACGGAGCAGAUCUUUGACAACGCCAUCAUCGCCGCUGGUCUUCUCGAGGACCCUCGCAGCAUUGUAACACGCCUCAACACAAUCAUGUCGCGCAUGGUCGAGAAGGUGCCGGAGCCGUCUGCGGACAAGUGA